AUGGAGCAGCAAAUCGAAUUCGACGCUGACGGGGCCGGUAUGGGAUGCAUUUCACUAUGGAAUCAUUUCGAUGCUGAUCAACUCCAGGGCUUCUAUGACCCAAUUAACGAGGAAUUUACGGAACCGAAGCACACGGGCAUCUCGUACUCCUUCUCCACAGACGGCCACUUUGAAGAAGCGUACUAUCGUGCCGUAGCGAACCGUAUGCCGUCCUACUCGCUCUUUCGAUAUAAGACUACGAACCCCAGCUGUCCCAAGGGGAUAAUACAGUGGCAGCACGGAAGCUUCAAGAAGUUCGACAACGGCUCGCUUUCCCUCGAACCUAUCAAGGUCGACGGACGCCAAUUAUAUUCCGACCCAUGCGCUUACGGCAAUGCUAUUUACACACGUUACAAUACCACUGAGCUGUUCCAACGCUACGAAGUUGUCACGGAUGGAUACACGAAGAAGACACGGUUGACCCUUUUUAAGCGCGACGGUGCACCGCUCAUGCCUCUCUACCUGGCCUAUUCUCCACCCCAGAUGCUCCCGACGACGACCCUCAAUCCACUCACCACUUCGACUGCCGGCGCAAAGGCCACCGCCAAGGUGAAGCGCUCCGAUCUCCCCCUCAACGUGCUCAGCAAGCGGACACCCCAACAACAGCAAGCUGAUCGAUGGUGGUGGUUUGGCGUCUUCAUGACUGCAUCCGGCGGUGUGCUCUACUAUUUCUUCUAG